AUGACAUCCACCACAGCCUCCCCCUCCGCCUCCGCCUCCACCACCGCAUCCGCCGCAGCAGCCCCUCCCACGCCCCACCCGCACCUCUCCUUCCGCUCGCGCCACGCCUCCAGCCGGCUCUCCCUCCCGCUCUCCCUCCGUCUAACCCUCAGCACAUCCGCCGCCUUCACAACAGGUCUAUUCCUCGGGACGCUUUACGGCGGACGGACCGCAGGCCUCCGCUUCCGCGCCGAGCACGCGCACCGCCUGCCCACGUCCCCGACGGGCUGGUACCUGUACCACAAGAGCAAGAACUACCACGUCAUGCUUGGAGGCUUGGGGGAGGGGCUCCGGAUGGGGGCGAAGCUGGGGGCGUGGGUGGGUGUGUUUUUCGUCGUCGAGGAGGCUGUGGAUGAGAUGAGGGAGGUUGUGGGUAGGGAGUGGUGGGGGCGGGGUCCCGGGGGGUGGGGCAGGGGGAGGUGGGAAGAGGGGAUGGGGAAGGAUUUUCUCAGUACAGUCGUUGCGGGACUGACGACGGCGGGCGCGUUUAGUGUCUGGAAUCGCUUCCCACUCGCUACGGCCGCGCGGAUAGCGAAGACGGGGCUGCUGGCUGGUGUGGGCUUCGGGCUGGUCCAGGAUGCGCUGGGGAUGCUGAGGGGACGUGAGCCGGGCUAUGUCAAGUGGAUGCGUGGGGGUAGUCGCACGGUCGACACAUGA